GACAGCCUGGACCACCUGGACCUCCAGGACCUCCCGGACCUCCCGGAACCGAUGGACAGCCCGGAAACCCCGGAGGAGCUGGGCAGCCCGGUCCCAAAGGACCACCCGGAGGCGAUGGACAGCCUGGCCGUGCAGGAAACCCUGGCCGUCCAGGAGAACGAGGGCAAGGAGCCCCUUCUGGCGAACGCGGUAUCUGCCCCAAAUACUGCGCCAACGACGGGGGAAUUUUCUUCGAGGAUGGAACUCGCCGUUAAAUUACAUUUACUUGAUAUAUGGUCUUUUGCUAACGAUAAAUCCUUCAACAAUAUAACGUUACCACAGGACAUUCGCAUACUGCAUUUUCGGAAAAGAGACUUGGGGAGACUAGUUUAGUU